GUUCAAAGGCUUGGCAACCAAGCACAUAACUGUAAAAUGGACUAUUGUCACAUUCCUCAGACAGUUAUUACUGUUGGCGAAAGGUAGUCGAUGCGUGUAUUACGCAGCCGUGUGAAUUUACAAAAUUUGCAUUUUAAAAGGCACGGUAGAGAAGGUCCGUUGCGGGAUUGUUUUCAGGUUGGUUUUAUAUUUAUCAUUAGUUUGUAAUUAUGCUUUGAUGCAGCAGUAGUUUAGAAUAACAUUACAGGCCAGCGCACCCAGGAAGUAAAUUUGUAUUUCGAGCUUAUGCGUGAUCACUUCAAACCCUACGAUCAUAAAAUCCAGCCUACAAUUCUUAAUUGUGCGAACCGUCGGUCGGUCGGUCGGUCUGACCAUCCAUCGAAACUGAACAACGCAACGCUCUGUGAGUAUUUAAACGUUUGUAUUGUGUUCUUCAAACGCGAAACGACUCCACUUUAAGGAAAGACCCUAAAUACACAACGACUAAACUGUAACUAACAAGAAAAUUAUAACACGCGGUUUUGAACGAAACAUAUCAAACUCUUUCCCCAGCGCGAUGAACAUUUUUUUUUCUCGGUUCCAGGUGUACGCGACCAUGCACAUGCUCUCCGUUGCGAAUUUUCAAAAUGGCGGACAGGCUAAAUAGUGAAAUAAAAAAAGCAAAGUGAUUUUGCAACAAAUACUUAACAUAAACCCCCGUUAGAAAGGCGAAUCCACGAUAGAAAGAUACAAAACUGUAUGAUAUUGAGAUCAGGGAGGUUGCCAAAAUCAACAAGAGAGGUUGAAAAUUCAUUACGUUGGCUAUAGCACAUGCUUCGAUGAAUGGACACCCUUCAGGGCCGAUAGAGGAUCUGGAUAUUUUCCGUUUGUUCGCAGCGAAAAGCUGUUCAUUCCCUCGGAAAACUCUCUAGAGGAUAGAAAAGAAUCGUCCCAUGGCCAACUUGCUCGUGAAAUAAAGAAAAAGCUUUGGUCUGGACAGCGAGUCAGGACCCUGAUAUAAACAUAGGCCUUAAUGUUGACCAAGAUGUUUUCAUGGAAGGUCUUGGGAGUGUUUUUCCCGGCGUUCUUCAAAGAGGGAAGAUGGUUUACCAAUUGGAGUCAAAUAGGGUGCUUGAUUCAUAUCUGGGGCUGAAGUGGGAUGAAAGAAUUUUAAAUGUAGGUGAAGAUUUUGCCUAUGUAAUUCCAGGAACUAUUAAGUAUUGGCUGGGACAAAGGAGUCCAAUCGUUGAAUACAAGCUCAUCGUUGUAGGUGUUCUUAAACCCUUUUAUAACCUGCUGCCUCCAGGCACUGAAUCCUGUUUUUCUUCAGAAACAGUUGUUUGAGGGCAUCAACCCCUCUGUGAAUUGUGGAUCUGAAGAAAUCUUUAGAAGCUCUAUUAUUGUAUUUUUCCAAGCCUUGCUGUGUGUAAUAUGCUAUGUUCUGAUAAAGUGACAGGAACUCAGGAACAUGAUAACAUAGUGCAUGCAUGUAGGGAGUGACAUCUUUUGCUUGGUAAACUUUGAGAAAGUGCUCAAACCAUGAUUUGAUAUUUCUUUGCAGUUCAAGAAUACCCUCUUCAGAUGUAAAAUCUAGCCUCAAAUCACCAAUUAUGUCCAUAAAUUUAGCCCAGAUCACUUGUAUGUCUUUGUUUUGACUGCAAAGAGGGACAAGCACAGGUCGGAAUGUUUAUAUUCUGAAAGGGUUUCAACUUUUCUGGUUCAGUAAGAUCUCUAUAUUCCAGCUUUUUGCUCUCUUUGUUGAUUCUAAAAUUAAAAGUGAUUCCCAUACUUUUGAUAAAUUCUUCAUAACAUGCCAUGUGUUUAUAUUUAUCUCUUGGGAAUCCAUCAGAGGUUUUUUUUUUCUCAAUAGCAUCACUUCUUCUCAGCUCUCUUAUGAACAAGUUAAUCAAAACAUCUGAAAUCCUCAGAAAAAAAUGUAAUGUAUCUAUGAUGACAAGGUCCAUAGGUAUAAAAUCAAAUAAUGGUUGUGCCUUACAGUUUAAUUUCCUUCCAGUGGAAAACCUUGCUAUUUUAACUUGCUUGCUAUUAAUUGACCAUGUUUUGCUUGUGCCCCACCAUUGCUCCCUGGGACACUUGCACCACACACAAGCAUAAUCCUCAUUUGCCCUGCCUAAACCGCAUUACAGUGCUAAAAAUUUCAAAUAUCCACGUAAAAAGUAUUCAAUUUUAUAGGUGCAAUUAUUAGCACUUAUCUCCUUUAAGUUUGACAUUUCCAUUGGAAGGUCUACUAGGCUGUCUCUCAGAUUAUCAUAUGUCUCUGUAGUUUUUACCUUCUCCUGUACCAACGAUUCUUCUAAUUUUAUUUUUUCUCCCCUCAACUGGCUGUUCUCAUCUUUAAGCUGAUGUACAUCAACCUCGUUGUAAUACACCUUAAAUCGAUACCGAGGGCCCGUUUCCAAAUUGCUAAGAAGUGCAUUUAAUUGCCACGAUUACUAGCUUUCUUGACAGCUUUCUGAAAACAGAAUAUUUUCUUUCUGAAGACUUCUGAUAUAUGGCUAUUGAUUAUUAUACCUCGUAUACCUGAUUGCUCAAACACUUUGUUUACAAUCAUUGAAACGACCGACUCAUGGUUUUCUCUGAAAACUUCUUUGCUUUGAAAUAGUAUAGAUUAGUAAGCUGAAACGAAAAAUUAAUCAGGGAAGUUUACGAAAAAUCCAGCGAACAAGCUUAAAAAAGGCAUUUAGUUAGACUUCAUACUGCGAUGAACUUCACAAAUCUUACUUGUUUAUCUCGUAAGUAAACAAUGGCAGAUUAAUACCCGAAGUGCUUUCUGAGUUUCCCGAUCCCUCUCCUACUGCUUUCACGCUCACCAAAUAGGAAAAAAUCAAAAGGAGGAAGAUACAGCUGUUUUGAAACGCCAUUUGACGAGGGUAAAUCUGCUUUUUGUUCGACACUUUACAUAUCAAAACAAAGGAAAUUUGUUCCUCUUUUUUAUUCAGGCGGUACAUUUUUAAAUUGCGCUUGCGUAAAAAAGAUAUCGCCCGAGACGCUUCGUUCGGUUGUGUUUUGAAAAAAAACCCCUUGUUAAUUUCACGCAACCGCUCGGAGAAAAGGUUAAAAUGACAAGGGAAAAACUUUACGUUCAAGUUAGAAAAUUAGCGAAAUAGAAAGCCACAAUAUUAUAGUUUAAUAUUUCAGAGGUACAUUGAGUGCUUUUUCCGUAGAGAAUCCGCACGAUGGUAAAAUGUUCGAAAAUUACACUCGAUUUGAGUGGGGCGUUGAAGUGGGCGUGGUCACUAUAUUCAUGUUAAGACUAUUUGUACCCCGUGAGUUUGAUAUGUGGACAUCAAUAGAUUCUUUGACAGUUCUUGACAGUUUGUAUGGGAAUAUUUACGACCGCUCUAAGGAAUAAAAAAUACGUCAAAUUCUCAAUAAAAAUACCUCACCUUUCUUCCACCGUGUAUCACUUGUUAUCUGACCGCUUACUUUGAUGAAAAGAGCCCAUUUUAGAAAGUUGUUCAGUUGUAACACAAUCUCAUCCAGCUUUGCCAAACCUCAAUAACAUACAGAUGGGGAAAUGACACCUUAAAACUAACCCUUAAUAUCACAUCGUAAACGGAAGUCAUUAAAAGACAUCCUAAUAACAGCUAAGAACAACUUCUUCUCAUCGGUUUUUAUAGAGAGUCCUGGUAUUCCUGAGAAGUUACGUGACGAUCUUCAACCUUUUACUGAUCAAGUCAUCUCAAGUCUACUUUGCUCUAAAUCUGAGGUCGAGAAAUUGCUCAUUGGUUUAAACGUUACAAAAGCUCAUGGUCCGGAUGGGAUAUCAGCGCGUAUGCUUCGCGAGGCUGCACCAGCUAUAUCAGAGUCCAUGACAAAUUUAUUUAACUUUUCACUCCAAUCUGGCACCUUGCCUAUGGAAUGGAAAUCUGCUCACGUCAUUCCAAUUUUCAAAAAGGGCCAAAAAGAUCUAGUCAAGAAUUAUCGUCCUAUCUCUCUUACGAGUCUGAUUGUAAAGACCCUAGAAAGACUGAUAUACAAUCGCAUUUUUGGAUUUAUUGAAUCAAAUAAUCUACUUAGUAGUCAUCAAUAUGGCUUUCGUCCUGGAUACUCCUGUACCUCUCAGUUGAUACACCUUUUCCAUGAAUGGGCCAAAGCACUAGAUAAACGCCUCUCUACCGAUGUAAUAUUUCUGGACUUCGAAAAGGCCUUCGACUCAGUUCCUCAUGACCGUCUUCUACUCAAACUAGAACGCUUUGGCAUUACCGGCUCUCUACUUUCCUGGCUAUCCAAUUUUCUCCAAGGUCGAUCUCAACGUGUUGUAAUCGAGGGCUGCCAAUCUGACUGGGCGCCUGUCACAUCUGGUGUUCCACAGGGGAGCAUUCUUGCCCCCCUGUUAUUUAUCCUAUACGUCAAUGACAUCCCUGAAUCUUUAUCAAGUCCUGCAGAAAUGUUUGCUGAUGAUAUGUUAAUCUAUAAUUACUGUACUCCAUCUAAAACGUCCAUCACUGCCCAGGAGAGUCUAGAUAAAGUCACUGAUUGGUGUGGCUCGUGGCUUUUAGGAACAAAUGCUGACAAAUGUGAGUCCAUGAAGUUCACCAGGGCUAGAACUCCCUCUCCGUGCAACUAUACUAUUAAUAGCAAGCUACUUACCCAAGUAUCUACACACAAACAUCUUGGGGUGGUUCUUUCCAGUGAUUUAUCUUGGAAACCCCACGUACUGUCUGUUGUUGCAAGAUCGAACAGAUUAUUGGGCUUACUCAAGCGGACAUUUGGAUCUCACUCUAGGGCUCUAUUUACUGGUUAUAGAUCCAUGAUCCGUCCAAUACUCGAGUACGCUUGUCAAGCGUGGAAUCCUCACCAAGCAUAUCUGAUUGAAAAACUUGAAUGCGUGCAAAGGAACGUUACAAGAUGGAUCAUUGAUAAAGACACUCCGUAUGAAGACCGACUGAAAUCCUUGAAACUAGCGACACUCGUUCAGCGCAGAGAGUUUCUUAGUUUGGUUCAGCUUUUUAAGUUCAUUAAAGGACACUCUUCUGUAAACACUAAUAAUUACAUAUCCUUCAGUAACAGGCAAUCAAGAAAAAGUCAUCAGUUUAAACUAUAUAAACCAUUUUGCCGUACAGACAUCUUUAAGUACUCUUUUUGGCACAGACAUAUCGACACAUGGAACAGUUUACCGUCAUCAGUAGUUGAACUUGACUCAAUUAAUGCUUUUAAGAAAGCUCUUAAAUCAACAUUUUUUAACUAGGCCUAUGACUAAAAAUUAAAUUAUUCUAUGUAUUAUACAUUAUUUAGUUAUAAUUUUAAACAAAAUAGUUAUCUUAGAUAUGUCUUCUUUAUUUAGAUUUUAUAUUUAUAUAGAUAUAUGCCUGUAUGUAAAAUGUUUCAGUAUGUAUAUGUAUAUUGCAUAGUAUUAAAUUUUUAUAUCUGGGGUAUAGUUUACAAUGAGGAUUAAGUUCCUCCCUUCUAUAACCCUUUUUUAAUAAUAAUAUGUUAUAUGUUAUUAUUUAAAUAAAGUUGUUAUAUAUAUUUAAAAGCGCAAGCGAAUGGCAGGAGUCGCCUAAGCAAUCAACACCUUUUAACGAUCGACUACCUUUUGCUUUCCGGCGUACCAAGCGUGUCGCCGCGCGCAUUGAAGAGUUAUAAACUGAUCAAGUGAUUCCGUUCAUGGCUCAGAUUCAACUGUCCUUCAUUCAAUGAUCAAGAUAGUAGAUUUACCAUACAACACUCGCGAUAAGUUAAUUUCCUUUUACUUAGGAAAGUAGAUUUACAACACAAUUGAGUAUAUAAUAGUAACGCUGUGUGACGCAACAAUAAGCCUUUUCUCGGCCAUAAUCGGUCUCAAACACCCGCAAUUAAAAUGCGAGAAACACAUGUACCGUUGGAGAGCGUUUCAGAGCUGUUAAAGAAGGAUCAAAGCAGCCAUCCAAAUCUUUGAAAGGCUCCAAACUACGACGUACAUCAAAUUUUGAUCUUCUUGAAAUCUGGUCUUAAAUUACAUACAAAAAAAACAGUGAUCGCGUUUGUCCUUGAGAACCAUAGAAUACGCGACAAAUACGAACGAAAAAUACUUUUACACAUUUAGAAUAAAUCAAAUUACAUUUACCUAUAGUACAAGAAAAAAGGAACAGCCUAACUUUUACGAAAUGUUCAGUCAAAAUCUGCCGAAUUCUGCUACUUUCACCGCCAUAUUGAAAUUAAAGCUACCACAAUGCAACGCAAUCGGAGUGCGCACACCGCCUGGUGAUAAAGUUUCUCACAGUGGCGAAAACGUUCGUGGGUACGUUUUUUCAGGCCUUAUUUUCACUACUGCCUAAGUACUGUUCAUUUCUAUAACUAUCCCUUUCACAUUCGUUAUCUGUAUUGUUUUCCUCUAACAGGGCCGCUCUGGAAAUCACGUCUGUGACGGUAAAUGGUCACGCAAGGGUGAAAAGCUACAUAACCAAACAAGAAAUCAUUGUAUUUUGAUGACGUAGGACAUGUCGACCCUUGUCUUUUCCUCGGUUUGGAGACUGUCUAAUCCCCUUUGGCGUUCAGUCAGAAAAAUGUCAGUAUGUUUCUCGUCAUCCCAAACGUCUUCGACCAAAGACAGCAUUUUUGAACGAAUACCUAGAGAGGAGCUGGUGCCGAAUAUCAGGUCGGGGCUUCGAGACAGGGAGUUCCUCUCUGGCUCUGUGGAUGGAGGUUUCCCAGAGUUCUUAGGAGUACCAGGUGACUCUUUCCCCCUCGGAUUGCGUAUCAUUAACGGGAAUCAGUUCUCUCUGGGAGAGUUGAGUGCAAAAUGUAUGGAAUACGUGCAGGAAAACAACUCUCAAAGCCCUGCGAUCGUGUUCCGCGGAUUACCUGCAAAAACGGCAGAAGAUUUCUUGACUAUAACCCAAGCUAUCAAGGGGAAACCUCUGAGUUAUGUGGGUGGUAACGUUCCUAGGCCGCGUGCCAUAGAAAACUCUGAGAUCUACCAAGCUACAACUGAAGAUCAAGCUGUAACGAUCGAAUUGCAUCAUGAAAUGGCAUAUAGUAGUUCCUUUCCAUCAAAGGUACUAUAAAACUCUCUCAGCUCUCUCUUUCUGUAAGUUAACUGAUUAAAAAUUCAGGGCGGGAGGUGAAAAGUGCACGUUGUUGACCACUUUAGUCACCUUCCAGAAAGAGGUGUUGAAGGUGGUAAAUUGAAAAUUAAAAAUUACUUUCUGAUUGGGAUUUCGACAUUAUAUUAACCCAAAACGAGCCUGAAAAUAAUCGAAAAUAUGAGUAGGAGGAAUUUUCCAGGAAAUUCCUGUUCGAGAUUAACUUUUACCAGAUCAAAUUACUUUCUUCUUCGUCAAGCGGAUUGAAAUAUAUUUCGCCGCAAGUCCCAAUUACUGUCAAAACUAAACAUCUGCUUUCAUGUCAAAUUCGCGAUAGGAAAAUAUAGAAUUUGGCUAAAAUCAAUAACGGCUUAAUAUGAUAAACAUUUGUGGAGUUAAAUGGACUUUUUUCUCUCCGAAAGAAAGGAUGAAAAUCACUCUACUUACAAAGUUAGACCGCUAGGCAAAAUAAGAAAUUAUCAACUGACUUGCAAUAUUUCUUAACUGAAUGAUUAUGCUAAUAUACUAUUUCCAUUCAUUUUCCCAACACCAAGAUAAUAUCUCUCUUAGGUAAUGCUUCUAGAUCAGAUAUGGUUAAUUUUAUCGUUUGACAAGUUGAACAAUAUUACCAUAGUUACAGGAGUCACUUUGUUGUCAGUUUUAGAUGUCUUGCUCUUGAGCAGCUAUUGGCACAAUAGUGUAAAAAAUCCAUUUACGAAAAGCGAGGCCGGAGUCCAAACUCCGUAGAAAAUAUGUAAUUAAUGUGUUAAAUGAACCACAACAUUUGGAUAAAAUAAAAACUCCGAAAUGUCUUAAGAUUCCAAAAAAAAGGGGUACCAAAUUUGCACGAACGAAACAACUAACAAAACUCGGUAAAAAACAAACAUACAAAAAUACGCGAAAAGCGUCCACGUCAGUUUUCCAAUGUCAAGGUUAGAGUUCUUUGAUGUGAUUGGCUAAUUUGUGAAAACACGCACGCCGCGCGUGAUUAGAAAAAGAUUACAAAAUGAGGAAAGGAAGAGAAAAAAUGUUACUUGAAAUUUAAAAACGAAAGAGAUUUUGUAAAAAUAGAUUCGAAUAGGAAUGUUUUUAUUAUUGAUUUAUUGAUUAGGUUAUUUAUUUAUUUCUCCAUUUAUUUAUUUAUGUAUUUAUCUUUGCUAUUAGUCUUUUACAUUAGGAGUCUCUUUCUUUACAGGUGUUCUUUUUUUGCUUGCAAGAGCCCGCAGACGGUUGUGGUGGUGAGACACCGCUUGCCAAAAGCAGCGAAAUUCUUCUCAAACUGGAUCCUGAAGUCGUGAGGAAGUUUCAAAGUAAAGGAGUGAAGUACGCAGGUUAUUGGCCCGACAAAUCUCACGCAGAAUACGCGAGCUGGCAGCAGCAGUAUUACACUGAUAAUAAAGAGGUAUUGGCAUGAAAAACGAUACUGACAACCGUACCCGUUCGUUAUCUUUGAUUGCGUAUUUGUCAUUCACAGCGGGAAUAAAUUUUUAAGACCGAGAGUGUUAUCUAAAAUUGCAAGAGAAGAAAGACAAAAUCAUAAAUUUUUGUGGAAACGUGGAAGCUCAAACUUCCAAGGCAUAGAAAAAAACGUUCGAGAUAACUAAAGUGCGGGGGUCAAAGUGUGUAAAAUUGUCUUUAACUCAAUUUCCCACUGCUAAAAGUUCGAGGAUCUGGGUACUAAUGUAACUGACGCUCUGAAUUUAUUCUCAAUUGUACAAACUGGUGAUGUUUUAAAAUAUCUUUUGGUUUUUUUUCUUAGUCUUAGUUAGAAAUCACAAAUACAAAGUACGGCUCGUUUUCAUUCUUUUUAUCUAUUAAGGAGGCGGAAAAGAAAGCCAAGCAACUUUAUGACACGGUUAUAUGGGACGACAACGGUGAUAUGCACUGGUCCAACGUGAAGCCUGCCUUCCUUCGUCAUCCGAAAACGGGAGAAGAUAUCUGGUUUAAUCAAGUGACAAUCCACCAUCAUACCUAUUAUGACUCAUUGCCAAUGUUCAAGAGCAUCGAGCUCCCGCCCCACAAAUAUCCAUGUACGGUCUAUUAUGGAGACGGUAGCACCAUCGAGCCUGAAGUGAUCCAACACUUGAGGGCUGUGUCAUGGUCAUGCGCAGUUGGAUUUCGGUGGAGGAAGGGUGAUUUGUUAGUGUUGGAUAAUCUGACUGUUCAGCACGGACGAAUCGGCUUCACAGGAAAGCGAGAAAUACUGGUGCAUUUGAUGACUGACUGA